CGUUCUUCGGCCCGACGGCGAUGGUCCUACCCGCGUGCGGCUAACGGCACUGACAGUUCUCACGUCCGCUGGAGUCCGCGGAACCGCCGACGCGACACCCGCGUCGAAUGGGUCGACCGGUCGGGUCGCUGUCGGUCGCGCGAUGAGCUGCGAGUGACUCGUGGGGCAUCCGCCGCGUGCAAGCGUAAUCAUCGAGCGUCGCGAAGAGGCCGAGGAAGAGACAUGCUGAGGUGCCGACGAGGAGCGGCCUCCCGCGGCCAGGUCCUCCUCCUGCGCCUGCUGCUGGUCUGCGCGCUCGUCAUCGCCACUCACCAAGAGGAAACGGCUCGGUCCUGGGACAAGCUCUCGCAGCUGAUACCAACGAAUUCGGUGUACGAGAAGCAAGACCGAAAUGCAUCGCCGUCCGGCAACGAGGCCGAUGCAUCGCUGGCGCAUUCGCUGACGGAGAACAAUGUGAUGGACACAUCGAAAUCGAAGGGGGGAGGCGAUCACGAGGAGGCGAUGGCGGCGGAGAAGGAGGAGAAGGAGGAGGAGAAGGAACCUAAGCUGACGUACGACGAGGAAUACGAAGAUGAAGAUAAGCACGAAGAGGAAGAGCUCGAGGAGGAGGUAGUGGAAGAGGUGGAGGAGGAGGAGAAGAAAGAUCCCCCUGAUACCGAGAAUGGCGCAAUGAAGAAAGAGAGAUCUCCGCCGGAAACCGGCAGCAAGGCGAAUAUUGAGGCGGGGGACAUUUCCAGGGAUGGGGAUUACCUCGAAGACCUCCCGACGAAUCAGGACGACAAUACGUAUUAUUAUUACGAUGAGUACGAAAACGGAAAUCGUUCCCGAUACGAUGCCGCAGAUGGCGAAAACCUCGACUACUUGGACACGGAAUCUGAAGAGGAGGACGUCACACCGGGAAACUCGUCAGGGGAAUCGGAUCAUGGCGUUCUGGAGAAGAGAGAUAAAGAAGUCUCGCACGAGUCGACUGUGUCCAAUUCGUCGCGAAUCGUCGAGGAGGAAGUCGGCAAUCCGAUAUCGUCGACGGAGCUGGAGAAAGGCUCGUCCAUGGAGGGCAGCGACAAAACGUUCACUGCGCUCGACGCAUCCGGAGAGACGGAGGAGCCUGAGAAUGUCUCCGCCGAGGUCAGUUCCAUUCUGAUAGGCGGUGCCGUGGUCUCCGUGGUGACCACGAAGAGCGUGGUGAACGGCACGAUAUCAGUGCCGACGACGGUCUCGCCGGCCACUACGGAGCAAGUCGCGCCGCCGCCGCCGUCGUCGUCGCCCUCGUUGAUCGAGACCGACGACACAACCGAGGGACAGCCGGAAGUGACCACGGAGGACUCCGCGAGAAUCCUGGCCUCCGUGCAAACCAGCCGCAGCGUAUCGGGCGCGCGCUUCCUGCCGUUCCCGGUGAUAGAUCGCGUGGAGCAGGUGGAGGCGCACGGCGGGUCGCUCGAGAGCAAGAAGACGUCGCAACCAUCGUCCACCGAGAGCAUCAUCGACAAGCUCGACUGGGCGCAGUCCAAGCUGUCCAGUGAUCUCCUGCCGGCGGCCAUCCUCAGUACCGGUGGCUUCCGAAACGCCGGCAACACGCUGCAACUGGACGUGCUGGCCGAGCGUGAUCGCACUACGACUACGACUGCGACUACGACGACGUCGACGACGACUCGCAGGAGCUUCACCACCACGGCCAAGGCACCGGUCAUCAGCAAAUUCAUACCACGACGUUACAAUGACAAAAGACAGGAGCACACCAGCACUACCGCGGCGAAGCCGCGAUUUGAGACCGUAGUCGACACCCUGGAAGGUUUGCUGCCUCGAAAUUACGUGUCGAGAGGAACCACUCCAAGUGCGGUUUCCAAGACAAAUUUCAGGCCUUUUUCAAAGCCAACGACGACCACGGAAGCAGCGGAGACAAAGACGUCACACACAUCGACGACACCACGAACGAAAUCUAAAGCCAGUAUUGCUGUCCAAGAUAUUAGCGCAUUCCUGCCGCAAGGAUAUAAGCUAAAGAAAGAAGAUGCAGCUGUCACGGAGAGUUCCCUCCUCAGCGAAAUUCUCGCCAAAUCUAAGGUCGAUAUUUCGUCUCUCUUACCACCUGGCUAUGACAAGAAGAAGAUCGAGGAAGAAUCCAAAUCAAAAGAUACAACAACGACAACGACUAUAACGACGACGACGACAGCGAAAAGUACAGGCCUGUCUCCGGAAAAGAUCACCUCGUCUAUCCAGGAUCUUUUCACGUCCUCCAAAAUCGAUAUCUCCGCCUUGUUACCCAAGGAUUACGAACAAAAGAAGAAGGACCUCGCUCCGGAGAGUAAAGCUACUGGUGACGCGAACAGCGAACAGAAUACGACGGUCACGGAACGAAUCGAUUCCGAGUCGCCUACCACGAAGAAAGCCGGCGGCUUGAAGAUCGUGUUUCCCAGCAGACCAGGCGGUCGCAAGCCGAUCCACAAAAUAACCACUCCGCAGACUCCACGUGGAGAUGGUUCAGGGACGGUAACGCCAAAAAUACAAAAAGGAUGGCCGACUCGAGCUACUACGGAGUUCACCGGAUGGCCAACUCCGUCCACUACGCCGAUCUCCAUCGAGAAGCUGCUAGAAGCAGCGCGCACGGCUACGGUAGCGUCGGUGAACAUAUCGCUUAUUCCCAGCACGAACGAGAUCUCGAGCACGUCGUCGACGUCGACGACGACGACGACACCAAGGCCGACGACUCCCGGCGUGUGCGACGACGAGUGCGAGGUCGCCGGCACGAUACGUAUCAUCGGGAACGCGACGUGGGUACCGGAACUGUUCGAUCGGAACACCCGCGAGUGGCAGGAGCUCGCGAAUCACGUGGAACGAGAGAUAAACUUGAUAUUCUCGAAAUCCAGCGUUUUAAAGAAAUGGUACAAAAAAAUAAGGAUCGACUCCUUCAGUCAGGGCAGCAUCCUAGUGGACUACUUUAUCGAGCUAGCCAAUGUACAACAGAAAGUAAACACACAGGAGUUAAAAGUGAUUUUCCACGACUCGCUCAAGACGUACAACGCUAGUCGGAAUGAAACGAGCACGAAAGUUCCACUGAAGAUGGGGAUUUUUACUAUCGAUCCCAAGUACACCGAUUUCGUAGUUAUACCUAAACUGAAUAUGCCGCAGUACAUCGAGAAGGAUGAUAGAUUGAUACCUCAGUGGGCAAUCGCAGUGAUAGUGAUAGGUGUCGGAGGUUUGCUGUUUAUUAUCGUGUUUGGCGUGUCUGUGCUCGUGAACAGGCAAAGCGGAUCGAAGCUGAAGCCGACCAUGUCCGCCAUUUACGACGAAGAGGUGGCUAAGCACACGUCGAGUCACAGAUCGAGCGACUACUCGAAACCGGUGCACACGAUAUGGACCGACCCCGACGUCUCUUGGAACGACAAGUCUUUCGAGUCGAAUUCUAACAAGAUUCUGGUCGAUAAGUCCUUCCAGGACAAGAAAUACAAUAUGUACGACAGUUGGCGAUCCGAGUGGAACGGUUAUUAUUACAAUCCCUCGCAUACGAGCAGCAAGUACGGUUACGACAGUACUACGAACCUGUCGAGCCGCCACCAUCCCGAUUACGACACGAAUUUCUAAACGGCAAUAAACUUCAAUUUCCUCUAUCAAUA